AUGUAAGAAUAACAAAUAUAAGAUGUGGAUAUACAAAAGAAAACUAAAUUAACAAGAGAUGAAAAAAAAGUACUUAAAUACUAAAAAGCAAAAAUGAGAGCUAAAAUAACUAGAAAGAAAAUUGCAAAAAAAGUAAAGCAAAAGGUUUUUCAUAUGAAUCCAGAGACUAAAGAAAAAUAUACAGAAAUAAAAAAUUUAGCUAAAAAUAAUCUAUAACUUGGGUAUGAAUCAGGAAUUCCAAUCUAUUUAGAUUUGGAAUAUGAUAUAUUAAUGACAGAUAGAGAAAUUAGAUCAUUAGCAUUAUAGAUUGCUCACAUUUAAGGUAUUAAUAAAGAAUUAUAAUUUCCUAUUCAAUUACAUUUGACAAAUGUGAAGGGAAUAUAAAAAACUGAAUUAGAAAAGCAAGGACUUUAAAAAUGGCCUGUUUAUCAUUAUGAACUUGGAUUAGAAGAGUUGAUAUAACAAAAUUAAGAAAAAGGAAUUAAAAAGGAAUUUAUUUACCUUUCUCCAGAUGCUGAUACAUAUUUAGAAUCAGUUGAUCCUGAAUAAUGUAUUUAUAUUGUUGGUGGAUUUGUGGAUAGAUAAGUUUAAAAAUAUAUGAGUUUAAAUAAAGCAAAUGCAUUAUAAAUCUGUAGUAAGAAAUUGCCAAUCGAAUCUUACAUAAAAGGUGCCAAAAGACCAUUAAAUAUUGAUAGAGUUGUUGCUAUUUUGAGUCUCUUUCAUUAACACAAAGAUUGGAAAGUUGCAUAUGAUGAGAGUGAUAAAUUUAAUAUCAGCCUAGCAGAGAGAAUUUCAAGGUCUUAAUAAAAACAAGAAUGAAUGUAAAUAAAG